AAUGAUAGUUCACAUGGACUCAAAAUCUUUUCAGCCUGCUGAUUUUGGCAGGCGCUUAUCGACUGCAAGUAUAUUUCAAAGUCCUUGUAAAAUAUUGAAAAAAAAGCAGCUUAUGGGUCAAAUUCAUAUUUAUAUAAAACUUUGCUAAUAAAAUUAGCUUUUACUGUCAACCUUGUCACGCAUAAAACACUACGAGGCUGUGCAAAGUUUUUUUAAAAUUAUAAAUCAACUGUUUUUUGUUUUUAAAUCAGCCAUUUUUAACGUUUUCUUAAGUCAUCUGUUUUCUUUUUUAAAUGAAUGUUUUUUGUUUUGUCUUUCAAACCUGUUUGUGUGGAAGUACGCCAUCAUUCCCUGAAACUGAUAUAUGACGUAACAAAGAAAGGUUGGCCGACUAUAAUAACUUGGUUGUCAUUGGACCAUUCAGCUGCCAGUCAAGUGGCGUUCGGAGUGUCGUAGACCCGAACACGGCAGCACUUUACGGCACUGACGCUACGCUAGGCUAGGUGGUCAUUGGCAAUAUUUUGGCUGCUGAGCACUGAAGUUUGAUGUUUGCAGUUAUAACGUAUGUGACGUAAUUAUGCCUCAAGUGCAAAAUGUCAUCUUCUGCUCCAAAUAAACUCAAUACUGUGAUCGACAAGUACGCAGCGGAGAUGUCUGCCAAAGAGGCGGAGUCUCGCAUGCGGGCCGUGUGCGUCAGUCCCUGUGACUCCGCCCCCCUGGUGUGGCGUAUGGAGGACGUGGCUGCGGUGCGCUCUCUCGGUCUGGUGGGGGCGCUGCUCGGCUCGCUGCCGCGCACCCCCCGGCAGAACGUGCGAAUGGGGCGCCCGUUGUUGUUGCUGCCCGUGGAAGAGCGACUUCUGGACCGGCACCGCGCCACUGCCGAGGCGGCCAUCACGCAAGCGGACGCGGGCCAGCAGGUGACGUUGUUCCAGGAGACUCUGCGGCGAAGCUAUGAGGAGCAGCGAGUCCUCGCUCUGCGCGACAGGAAGUUGGCUAUGGUACGCGCGCUCGGCUCGUCAGACCCAGUAUUUCAUUCCGACGAAGUGGAAAAUGUUACGAAGACCCAGCGAGUGGCUGUCACGCACUUGACACGGUCGGAGGGCGACGGUGAGGACGGGCGACGGCGCCGCCUGGAGGCUCUGGAGCGCAACUUCAGCUUCCCACGCUCGGCGAUGACGGUCCAGUUGAGCACGGCGAGGGCGGGGCUCGCACACCUAUUGGCGGGCGGCGAGGGGGCGGGGCCGACCUACGGCACGGACGGCCAUGCCCUCCGCCGGCCCGCCGACCCGCGACGCGACGCCAGGCGAGCCUCUUCGCUUCCACGCACACUUCAUCGCCGUGUGCGUGCGCGCAGACGAGCGCGUGUCGCUGUUGGACCUUCUCGCCGUGGCCCGUCUGGGUUCCAACGUCAAGAAGACCGUCCUCUUGUGCUCGCCGCGCGACGACGGCGUGACGUACUCAUCGCUCCAGUGGAGCGGGAUGAUCUGAUUGGACGACGACGGGACCCGUACUUCCCGGGUGCCGGUCUGAGGCCGCCGCAGAGACAGUGCACGUCCCCGGGAGGGCGCUGCUGAACUCGUUCCCUCAAGACAGACUUGUCAAGUGAGAUGGGAGCCUACGAGUUCUUGAGUGUGUUUCGAGGAGCAUUCAUCAGUGGAGAAGAAAUUACAAAAAUGGCGGCACUCCGCUUUCUUGGAGGAAUCUGAGAAUAUUUCGUGUUGAAAUUCCCAGGAUUUGGACAAUUUCAAGAUGGUGACGUCAUUCCUCUCAGCCACGCCGCGCAGAUCUGGAGUCUCUCCGUGCGUGGGAGGAUCCGACACUAACUCGUCCGGUUGUGCGCACGCGUCCGGCGCCCGAGCUCAGCGCGGGAAAGACGCUCGUGUCGACGCCCCUCCGCCCGGUCUCUAUGGCGACCGCUCCGCGCUGCCCCGUGACGUCAACAUUCCAGCGCGAGCACACACACACACGCACGCGCGCCGAACUCUGUGGAUGCAAGACGCAGCAGGAUGAGGUCAGCUUGACUUUAUUCAUUGAUGGGUCGAUUGCUUAUCGAUUGAUUUGUUGUAGGACUGUCGUCAUGGUGAUUUUGGUAAAAGUUCGAUUCGCUGAUGAUUGUCGCCGUCGAACCUCUACUCGCCGAUUGAUGGAUUGACGCUAUUGAAUGAUGGAGUGAUUGCGCAACUGAGUGAUUGACGAAGUUUGAUCGAGCUUCCGUCACGACCGCACUUUGACUCAUUUCGUAUUUAUUGAUAACGCCGUUGAUGGAUUGAUUGUUGGCUUGAAGUGACUGUCUGAUGAAUUGUCUUGGUCGUCUGUCUUCAUUAACUUGCGGCGUCAGAUGACUGCCUGGAGUCCUUGUUUUAUUGAUGUAUUGUUUUAUUUGCACAUAAGAACGACAUGGCCAAAAUUAAAGGAAGAUUGUGCGGCUGAGAUCACAAAACCUGAACAGGUUUUACAAAGUCAAUUUCACCUCAUUAUGCAUCUGGAGAAGAAAACAUCCAUCCAUUUUCUUUACCGCUUAUCCUCACUACGAGCAAAAAAAUAAUAAUUCAUCAUGCAUUGACGGUAUAUACAAUGAAAAUAAAACAUUUGAAGAAGAAAUACAUGAAAAUAAAAGGUGUGUGUCAGCAUGUACGUGUGGGGAGGGCGGUUCAAGUUUUGCUUUGUCAAACGUUCUCAGUUUGGAUCGAAAUGUUUUGGGGGAGCUUGACUGAGCUGUCAUGUGCGUGUCAAUUAGAUUGGAUUACAUUUGUUCCACGAUUUGCAACUUGUGGGAAACAGGCGUGAGUGCGCAACUUUGUGGGACAGAACCCAUGAGCAAAUCCCGCUGCGAGCUCGUUGAACUGCAAGAAGACUUCCAAGGCUUUGGACUCACCGAUCGUUCGACUGACGAGUCAAAACGUCGAGAAGAAUUU